CAAUUUACUUCAAGGGAACUUGGCUCAAACCGUUUCAAGCACAUUCCACUCGCAAAAUGCGUUUUUGGAAAACAACAACCGAUUUCUCUCCCGUGGAUAUGAUGGUAAAGUACGACCGAUUCGCUUAUGGAACCUUGGAGAAGCUCGAUGUCAGUGUAAUCGAUUUGAAGUAUGAGCGUUCGGAUCUUUCAAUGAUGUUUUUCUUACCCAACAAAAAGGACGGCUUGAAAACUCUUGAAGAUGGCCUGAAGAAACUCGACUUGGAUUUUAUUCGCAAUCAAAUGCAAGAAGAUCACGUCGCACUUUACUUACCUAAAUUCAAGUUUGAGUUUACGCAAGAUUUGGACAAAGUGCUCAAACACCUUGGAAUGAAAUCAGCUUUCAAGCCAGGCCUAGCUGAUUUUAAUGUUUUGAUGGAUCCGGAUGUUGAUGAACCGUUCUUUUUAUCGAAAAUUUUUCAUAAAGCGUUCAUCAAAGUUGAUGAAGCUGGGACCGAAGCAGCUGCUGCUGGCUUUUCGCGCCUUACAGGAGGAGGACCCCCGCCAACUUAUCGUCCUUUUGUCGCUGAUCACCCGUUUAUGUUCAUGUUAGUAUUGAACAAUUUAAUGAUGUUCACAGGGGUUGUUAAUAAUCCUGCAAAUUUUUAAGAAUCUAUGUUUUUUUGAUAAAUUACAUGCAUGUAAGCAUUACGAAUUUUCUGUAAAUUUACAUAAUUAUAUUUUUUUGGACUAAAAAUGAAAAUUAUUGUAGUUUAAAACUUUUUAAGGACAACUAAAUAAAACAAUUUGUUUGAUAAUUUUC